CGAGGUCAGGGAGGUGAGUUCAACGGAUUACAGUUUCAUGCUGUUUAUUAAAAAACAAUCACAGCUAUCCAACUAAUAUAACGUGAUUAGACAGAUGUUUGCACACGUUUGGACAGCAUUUGGUGAGGUAACGGUUGGGUGAAAGAUUCGAGAAAUGAACAAGCGUCAAACAGCAGAUUUUCUGUAGUCCACAAACUACAAAUCCCAACCUCUCUCGCCUUUAACAGAAAAGCAAAGCCACACUUGCGCCGUAGGGAAAGAAGUGGAUGCGUUGGGGACACAGUAGGGGAAGGGAAAGAGAAAGAGACGAGGUUUUUCAACAUAAAUGGAGGUUCAUCCGUAGCGGUGAGAGAAGAGCAGCUGCAAAAAAAAUAAAAUAAUAAUACAAGUCAAAAUGGCGAAAGAGCAGGAGGUCGAACGCAUUGCUAAAACGCUGGACAAAAUGGUGCACAAGAAAAACACGGAUGGUGCCAUAUAUCUGCUGAGGGAACUGAAGAGCAUGAAGAUGUCUCUGGAGACUCUACAGUCCACCAGGAUCGGCAUGUCGGUGAAUGCUGUGAGGAAGCAGAGUUCAGAGGAAGAGGUCCAGACCCUGGCCAAGUCACUCAUCAAGUCCUGGAAGAAACUACUGGAUGGUGCUGAGGGGAAGGCUGCGGAGGAGAAGAGGAGGGAGAGCUCUCCUCUGAGGUCAUCAACGUCCAAGGACAGUCCUGGAUCCAGCGACCAGAGCAAGAAACUGCCUGAGCCCCCUACGACCCCUACGACCCCCACCACCCCUACGACCCCCACCUCUCCAAAGUUCACCUCCUUCCCCCAAGCCCCCGUCACCACUGACAGCGUACGCACCAAGUGCCGAGAGCUGCUGGUGGCUGCCCUGCAGACCGACGAUGACCACAAGACCAUUGGAGCAGACACUGACAACUUGGCUGCUCAGAUUGAGGACUGUAUCUACCAGGAGUUUAAGUCUACAGACCAGAAGUACAAGUCCAGACUGAGGAGCCGUAUCUCCAACCUGAAGGACCAGAAGAACCCAGACCUCCGACGCAACGUCCUCGCUGGAAACAUCUCUGCUGACCGCAUCGCUAGCAUGGCUGCUGAGGAGAUGGCGAGCGCGGAGCUGAAAGAGAUGAGGAAGGCUUUGACCAAGGACGCCAUCAGAGAGCACCAGCUGUCUAAAGUGGGCGGGACCGAGACUGACAUGUUUCAAUGUGGCAAAUGCAGGGGCAAGAACUGCACCUACACACAGGUGCAGACGCGCAGUGCUGAUGAGCCCAUGACCACCUUUGUACUGUGCAACGGCUGUGGAAACCGCUGGAAGUUCUGUUGAGGAGAAGAGAUUCUGGAUUUGCUAGUAGAAGAGCUGACCUGGAUGAAGAAAUAAACCUGGACCUAAUUUUGUUACAACUGCAGACUGUUUUGUUUUUUUGUGCUUUUUUUUUUUUUUUUUUUUUAUACCUUUUUUUUUUUUUUUUUUUUUUAUUUUUUUUUACAUUUAACUCAUAAAUCUGUAGAAAAUAUUUUGCCAUUUUGAUUUAAUAUCCUUUUUUUUUUUUUUUAAUAUUAAAUCACACUAGCCUGGGUGCCUUUUCUGGUUCUGUUCACUUGCCUCAACCUCUUAUGGAAUGUCAUGUUUGGUUUGACAACAGGUUGGCAAGAGCACAAACUGUUCUGGGACCAGGCCGAAGUUGAACACUUGCUCUUAAAACUACAUUUUGGUUUGCUGUUCAUUAGUUGUGAAGCGCUAUCUUACUAAAAAAAAAAAAAUCUUAAUUUUGGGGGGGUGCCUUUCUUUGCCCCUCUGUGCCACAAAUGAUCAUUUUACUGUUAGUUUUAUACACUUGCUGUAUUUCGAGGGUUUAUACACUCUUAGCAUAAGUCCCUCUUAGCAUAAUGCCACCCUAUUCCCUGUAGUGCACUAUAAAGGGAAUGAGGUACCAUUUGGAUACAUACUUGCUGUAUAUAGAACAAGCCGUUGUUUCACUCUAUUCUGAAUCUACAGUCUUACAUAUUCAGUACCACUCAAAACUCUGAAGUUGACGAAUAUGGAAUCAUGUAGUAACCAAAAAAAUAAAGUGUUCAACAAAUCAAAA